AUGGCCGCGUGUGCAGAGGAUGGCAUCCGUGACCCUGUGACCGUCACGGAGGCCUUGGACGCUUUGGUGGUGGGAUCUUUUCAUGCAGGCCAUUUGUUGCGGAUGAUAUUGUUUUGGGCGGUCCUGGCCAUGACUCAGGAAUGUACUCCGUACCUGUUCCCCGGGUUGCGAAAGGGUUUUGAGGCGGAUGAUGAGAGCGUCGCUAGCUUCGCGGCUGCCUUUCCUCUGGGUUGUGUUCUGGGUUCCGUGGCGGCCACCUUCCUUCUGGAUCGGCUCGGCCGGCGGGGCUUUGUGGUAAUCGCGAGCCCAAUGGCCGUUGCCGUAAGCCUGGCCAGCAUAGUGGCUCCGUCCUUCCGGAUUUUGCUGGGGCUAAGGGUAUUGCAGUCCGUUGUGAUAGCAAUUUCGAGAGCUGCGCUCAGCACGUGGUACAUCGAGUUCCUGUCCACGAACUACCGUGGCACCCUCAUGGCCGUGUAUAGCCUUGGCUGGCCACUUGGCAGGGCUGCCGUGAUCCUCACGGCUUCCAUGGCAAAAGAAGACUGGAGCUUAUUUAUGUCCUUGAACGCUCUGGGAUUUACGGCGCUCUUCAUAGUCAUGCACUUGUCCGAGGAGUCUCCGCGUUUCUUGGUUGCUUCGGGUAGGUUGAGUGAGGCCAACGACGUACUGACCAGGCUCUAUGCCAGCAACCGGCAGGCACCAUGGAAGCCGUGCUCCCAACUUUGUCUCGACAAAGCCAGCGCCGAUGCUGGGCCAUCGGAUGACAGUCGGACAUGGUCGAGGCUGUUUGGCAGGGGCAGCCGUCACUUGCUGCUCUUUGCUUGCCUGCUUUUCGCAGUCUUGGCCUCUACAACCGUUUUGCUCGACACCUGGGGUCCGGGGCUGUACCAUACCCUUUUAGCACCAGAGUCUCCGCAGCUGCCCACACACAUCCUUAUGCUCUUCAAUGUUGGUGACCUCUGUGGCAUCGCCGUCUCCAUCAUGAUUGUGGACCGCAUCGGAAGGGCUGGCAGCUUUGUCAUAGGCUUCUUUGUCCAAGGCAUGCUGCUUGCGAUCGUCGGAAUUUUGGAUGCUCGUGAGCCGCAUCAGUACUAUUUCGCAAUUGUCUGUGGCACGUUGGCUGCAACAUGUCGGUGCUUUGCUUGGGAAUCCGCACAGAUGUGGACACUUGAGGCAUUCCCGACAGAUCUGAGAGCCAAGGCCUUUAGUACUGCUGCGGCCGUUAUGCAUUCGGUGUCGAUUCUAUCACUCAAGGUAUCUGGCCAUCAAGUGCAUCGUCUGACAGCUGCAAGCUGCCUGCUCUUCUUGGCUGCAAUGAAGAUCGCGGGCGGCUUCCUGAGUACAGGCUUGAUGCCCAAAGAGACAGCAAGGGAGCCGAUGACCGAGCGUCUGGGCAGUGGCACAAGGGUAGUCAAAUGUUCCUGA